UAGGGUUUAAGACGCUCCGCUUUUCUAUCUAACGCCUAAAACCCCUAAACUAUUUAUACUCCCUCCCUCUCCUCCAGCCAUGAAGUUUCUUCUCAUCAAAACCCUAAAUUUGUUCACUGCGGAUGAUGGGUUAUGCACAUAAUAACACCAAGAUCAAACUAGAGCAAGAACCGGUCGAACUAGAACAGUUCGUUCAAGCUUCGCCUGGCCUCAAGAAAUCCAACGUCUCCCUUGAUCAAUCUUUCAUAGAGGUCGAAGAUUUUCCCGACGCUUACCUCGAUUCUAUCCUAAGUUUUGACGAUUGGGUUGAAGACCAUCCAAAUUUACUUGUCGCUGAAGUCAUGAACUCAGAAGAGAACUCUAGUUUGGAGAAGUCUUUGGAAUUUAAAACGGAAAAAGAAGAGGUUUGUGAUUCUGGGAAAUUAGGGGAUUUGGGUUCUUUGAUUCAGGAAGGAAUGGGUAGAGUUCGUUUAACAUCGGGUGCUGAUGUGAUUGAUUGCGUAGGAAGUAGUGAGGUUACUGCGGGUGAUGAAAUCAGCAUGAGGAAUGAUUGGAAGCAGGAGACGCAGGAGGUUGUGAGUGAUGGAGUUGAGAGUGGUGAGGUUAAGAAUGUCAAUGAGAAUGAAGCAAAAAAUGAUACUGAGAAAGGUGGGGAUAACAAAGAUGAAUUGGUUGGUGGUGAGUUGGAGGAGUCUGAGGAUUCCGAGGAGGAAUCAUCAUCUUCAUCAUCUUCUAGUAGCAGUAGUAGUGAUGAUGAAGAAGAAGAAGAAGAAGAAGAAGAAGAAGAAGAAGAAGAAGAAAGUGAUGAUGAUGAUGAUGAUAGUGAUGAAGAAGAGGAUACAAAGGAGAUAAAGAAGGUGAAAGGUGAGGUGGAAAUGGAAGAAGGUGAGAUAAGAGAUUUUGAGGUUGAGGAAGUGGUUGCUUGGAGUGAUGAUGAAGAUGGUGAUGCUGUAAAAGGACCAAUUAGGUCCAAGAAUGAGGUUCAGCAACUCCCUCCUGUUCCUCCAGUGAAUGUAACCAUAGAACCACAUCAUCAGACACUUCCAGUUGGAGUUGUAUUAUCGAUUAUGGGUGCACAAGUUAUUGUGGAAGGAGUGGAGAAUCAUAACCCUCUAAGUGAGGGUUCCAUUUUGUGGAUCACAGAAAGCAGAUCACCACUAGGAGUAGUGGAUGAAAUAUUUGGACCUGUAAAGAAUCCUUACUACAUGGUACGCUACAACUCCGAGACUGAGGUCCCUACUGAGAUCCAACAAGGCAGUUUGAUCUCUUUUGUUCCCGAAUUUGCAGAUUACGUUCUAAAUAAUAACAAUCUUUACAAGAAAGGAUACGAUGCAUCCGGUGAAAAUGAUGAAGAGUUGGAUGAUGAAAUAGAGUUUUCAGAUGAUGAGAAGGAGGCCGAGUACAAGAAAAUGUUGAAAAUGUCAAAAAGGGGAUCAACUGAACAGAAAAAUGGGAAUAUGAAAAAGGAUAAGAAGUCGAGAAAUCGGGUUGGAAACUGGAAAAAUGAUCACCAGGCUUCCCCUACCUCACAAGUAAAUAGUUUUGCUGGUAGACCCCCCACCAGUGGACCUGGGGUUAGUCCAGCCUUUUCACCUGGUCCACCGGCACCUAACCUCACUGGGCCUUCUGGUGUUUGGCCAAACGGGUUUCCAGCAAUUCAGCCACAGAAUGUGGGCUUUCCUCCAAACAGUUUUUCUCCUAAUGGGCUCCCUCCUAAUGUACCAUUUAUGCAACAGAACUUUAAUCAGCAAUCAUUUCAGAAUCUUGGUUUGCCAAAUUUAGCACCCUUUUAUCCACAGUUCAACACUAAUGGGCAGAUGUUUCCUUCUAAUUUUGGUCAAGGUGUUCCCCAAAAUUUUGGUGCAAAUCCUGCAUUUACAUCUUGGCCUGCAGGUAUGCCUCAGAAUAGCUUUAAUCAACCACAAGUUGGGCCACCAAUGGCAUUCCAAGGCUUGCCUUUCAAUCCUUCCGUGAAUGUUCAACAAUCCAUGAAUGUUCAACAUCCGCAAGGAGUUGCAAUGCCUAACCGGCCUCAAAUGGAAAACAUUAGUAUGAGGCCUCCGAUGGCUAAUGGAUUUCCAAAUCGUGGAGGAAGAAAGCCAUUUCAAAGGGGCGGUGGCCGUUUUAGAGGUGGCAGAAGUGGACAGCAAUCCAGGUGAAUUGUGAUGUUGAUGCAUAACAAUUUUGUAAUUUUCUGAUUAGAUCUUCGACUUUUGUCUUGUGAUACAAGGAAUCAACUUCGCCCAUGGCUUCAAGUUCUAGUUUGGAUGUAUAAUUGAUGUUAAGAGGAUUUAUAUAUAUGGUUUUAUUGUGUUCAAUGUUAUUGUUGUUUGUAUUUUGU